CACAAGAUCUCUAUGUCAGGCCUCUUUAACAUUUUCUGAAAGUGGGAUCUGGUUCUACAGAAUGGGGUGCAGAACAGCAUUAAUACAUUCUGUUGGGGGCAUCUUUCCAGGGCAGGGGUUCCCAAGCUUUUUCACCUGUGCACGAAAAAUGUUCCUGGGGGUUCCAAAUAAGGGUUUUGAUUGGCUAUCGGUAGCCCCUAUGUGGACUGACAACCUACAGGAGACUCUGUUUGGCAGUACAUCUGGUUUUUAUACACCCAAAACUUGCCAACUUGGAAAAUUUCAGUUGGUCAGUAUGGAUGUCAUGGGAUUUAGAGCUAUGAGGUAGGGAGGUCAGCCCUAGUCCAUGGGUAGCUCAGGGUCUCUUUCAUUCUUAUACUCCCAGGGAGAUUACAGUGAUCUGGAAUGCUUUGUCCCUCUGUUUAUCAAUACUCUACUUUUAGUGAGACUAGGGAGGAUAACCACUGUUCUUUUGAACCAGUCAGAUCAAUCAAUCAGAAUCAGUACCUCCUGUUUAUCUUGGGCAUGGUUUGGAGACAGAAGGACAUCAGAAGGAUACGUUUAGCAUUGCAAUCUCAUCCCUUGAGUGCUGGUGGCAUGUCAAAGCACAUGCUGAAUGUAGUUUAGAAGUUGUACACCUAUUAAAUGACUGGCCUUUUACUUAGGGAAGCUGCUGUUAGAAGAAGAAAAUUAAAUUCAAUAACAUUAGCUUUGUUCUAGAAUACGAGUAUUGCUUUCUAAACAUUGGAAUCUCCGAGUCCAAUUGGUCAGUUUCGAUGGACACAAAUCUGAGACAAAAAAAAAGGAACUGUCCUUGGGAAUUCAAACAAUGAUAUUAGUGAAACAAAAAAAAUCCACAAAAAAGUAUGGCAAUAUGAUGUGAUAUAGUUUCAUGAUGUCACCCCCCCCCCCCACAACUUCCAGGUCACAUGGUGCGUGAGUUAAAAGUUCUUCGAUUUUGUGCUGCACUUGUGUUUCAGCAUUUCUUUGACUUUCCUUUGUUGAAAGUGGUAUUUUAGUUACGUGUUUCUUUUUACUUCCUGUUUCACUGCAUUUAAAGCUCAAGAGCCCUGUCCUCAGAGUCAGUUGCUAUUAACACAUCACAGCGGUAACUUCCUCCAACAAGAGCCGCACUAAGUGUUCCAAGAAUCUUUGCACUUACUGGUAACUAUCGCAAUGUGUGUCGUAUGAUGGAAGUUAAUAUCUGCCAAGGAAAAUAGCCAGAGAAAAAGAAAAACAUUCUACUAACAUACUAAACACCAGAAAAGUCCAUUGGUUCUGCCUGGCUUUCAAAGUCAAGAUGUCAAAUGGGAAAUGUCAUCUGGAAAUAAAUGAAAAAGAGACCAACGAUGCCGUUAAAGACGUGUUUUACAAAUUCGUCAUCCUUCACGCGGCGACUGAUGAUAAGGAAGCAGAGAGAAUUAAAAACAUGUUUCAGGAUGAGUUUGAUAUCAAACCUGGAUUUAUAUUUGCAGAAAUGGCUGCUGGCCAGAGCAUUCUCAAGACUUUGGAACAUGCUAUAAAUGGUUCCGCAUGGACUAUUAUUUUAUUGACUGAAAACUUUCUGUCAGAGGCCUGGUGUGAAUUCCAGUUUCAUGCUACACUAACUAAUUCUUUAAACCUGCACCAUAAAUAUAACUCUGUCAUUCCAGUAAGGCCACGGACCAAUUACCUGCCCAGGGAGAAGACCCCCAUUCCUUUAAGAAUCUUUAAUGCACUGGAGGAAAAUAACUCCGCAUUUGAGCAUCAAGUGAGGAAAACAUUCCAGGAGUCCAUGUAUCAGAAGCAGCAUGCAAUAUGGAAGGCUGAAAAAGUAAACAGUGGAUAGACACUGACUAUCUAUGUCGCUCACAUUUUAACUGUACUUAUAACUUCUAUUUUUAAUGCAUGUUACCUAGAUUUAUGAAUAUAUUUACAUAGUUAAUUCAGUGCAUACAUAUACACAUAAUUAUACAG